UUUAGAAGUGCUUACUGAGAACGUGGUUGAAAAGAUGAGGACAUUUUGGCAUUCACUUUGUCAAGUCAGAUAUUUCUAAAUGACUUUCUUGAAUUCUGAGUUGUGCAUUGUCAGAACCGCGUAGUGUUUUGUCACUGCAUCUCCAUGUGUGCUUAUUUUUUAUUAAUCGAAGGGAGAAUGUUGUGGUCUGUAAAAGGCGAAGUGGUUAAGAUAAAUGCACGUGAAUACGAUGGUUCUUGGCACGCGUGGAUAAACGCGCCAGCGCGUGGCGCCAGACUCUGCAUCCCGUCAACCCCGUCUGGACAGGUGUUCUAUCCUCGACAGGACAGUCCCACACGGGCUCAACCGUUCCUGGCCUGGACCACCGGCGGACGCAUCCGCCCCGUACUGCCAGUGACACCCAAAACAAGUUAGAUGGAGGACCAGUCUACCGGACGAGCUCGUGGCCGGUCCCGCGGCAGGUCGCGUGGAUCAGUCCCUCCAUCGGAGGCCGUGCGUCGUCCCGGGGCUGGUGUUCCCACUCCCGCACAACCGGCCCCGUCGUUCCAGCCGCCCAUGGCCGGUGCGGCCGCUCCUGCUGCGGCGUACCCUCCCCCACCCCACGUAGGGGCAGGCAGGGCCGGGCGCCCCGCCAUGGGGGGUGGGGCUCUGCCCCGGCCAGGGGAGGUGGCCCCGCCCGUGCAGCAGAUGGGGGCCAUGAGCCUGGCUGCAGGGGACACAGCGGGCAGGGGGGCCCGCAGGGGUCGUAGGGACGAGGUGGCCAUCCUGGCCACCAGGCCCCAGCGCAUCACUGACAAGAAGGGUGAUUCGGGUCAGCAGGUGAAGCUCCUGUCCAACUAUUUCAAGCUGCUCACGAUGCCCAACUGGGCCAUCCAGCAGUACCACCUGGAGUUUGCCCCAAACAUUGAGUCGUCCCGCCUUCGUGGUGGCCUCCUGAGGGACCACCGGGACCGCUUUGGCGGCAGCUACAUCUUCGACGGGAUGUCAGACCUCAAGAGCCCCACCCGGCUCGAGCACAAGGUGACGGAGCUGUACUCCCAGCGUCGGUCGGACGGGUCCCAGAUCCGCAUCACCGUCAAGCACGUUCAGGAGUUGGCACCCAACAACCCCGAGCUCCUCCGCAUCUUCAACACCCAGAUGCGCCGGAACCUCGAGAGUAUGAAGUUUGUCCAGAUCCGCCGCCAGUUCUUCAAUGCUGCUGGCCCCAAGCCCAUCAGUCGCCACGGCCUGGAGAUCUGGGAAGGUCUGACGACCGCUGUGGGACAGCAUGAUGGUGGCAUCCUCAUGGUGGUGGACACUGUCCACAAGGUGCUCCGGACAGAGAACGUACUCCACCUUCUGGGCUCCCUGCAGCAGAGCGCCAGGGGCUCGUACAAGGACGAGGCCAUCAAGGCCGUUGUGGGUUCCAUAGUCAUGACAAGAUACAACAACAAGACGUACCGGGUGGAUGACAUUGAUUGGUCGAAAAAUCCUCAGCAGACCUUCGAAACCCGGAACGGGCCGAUCACAUACAUGAAGUACUACAAGGAUCACUAUGACAAGGACAUCCGCGACGUGAACCAGCCGCUGCUGGUGUGCCGUCCCAGGGAGAAGGACACUCGUGUGGGACGCACGGAGAACACCUACCUUAUCCCCGAGCUGUGCUUCCUCACUGGUCUGACGGACGACAUCCGUUCUAACUUCACUAUCAUGAAGGACCUGGCCAGCGAGAUGAAACUUGAACCGUCCAAGAGGGUGUCCAACCUCCGCGAGUUCAUGCAGCAGAUGAACAGGAAUGAGCAGGUGGUCAAGGAGAUGAACCAGUGGGGCCUCAAGUUCACCGAGAGCCUGGUGGAGGUGGAUGCCCGUCAAGUGCAGCCAGAAAAGGUGGUGCAUGGAAACGGACUGAAGUCGCAAGUGAACCAGAUGACCGCGGACUUCUCGAGGGAGAUGCGUGACAAGACCAUGUUCAAGGCGGUCCGGCUGGACUCGUGGACGGUCAUGUGCCCCCGCCGAGACAUGCCCAAUGCCCAUGACUUUGUGAGGGACCUGCUGUCGGUCAGCAGCCCCAUGGGAGUGGCCAUGCAGCAGCCGCAGAUGGUGACGCUGGAUGACGACCGCGUGAGCUCCUACAUCAACGCGCUCAAGAACAUUCCGAGGGAGACCCAGCUGCUGAUGACCAUCUUCCCGAACAACCGCAAGGACCGCUACGACAGCUUGAAGAAGGUGGCCUGCGUGGACAUGGGACUUCACACGCAGGUGAUGCUCGGCCGCACCAUCUCCAACAAGAAGAACCUCAAGUCCGUGGCCACCAAAGUGGCCAUCCAAAUGAACUGCAAGCUCGGCGGCGAAGCCUGGGCCCUCGACAUUCCGCUAACCAAGAUGAUGUGCGUCGGGUACGACACCUACCACGACUCAAGGCAGAAGGGCCUGUCCGCGGGCGGCUUUGUGGCCAGCCUGAACCGCACCUUGACCCGCUGGUACUCCCGGGUGAGCUUCCACCAGACACACCAAGAGCUGGGCAGCGCUCUCAAGACCCACAUGGCGCUGUCCAUGAAGCAGUACCAGGAGGAGAAUGACGGGGCCGUGCCCGAGCGCCUGCUGUUCUUCAGGGACGGCGUCUCGGACGGCCAGCUGCUGCAGGUGCAGGAGUGGGAGGUGGGCCAGAUCCAGAGCCUCCUCACCGAGAUGUUCCCGGGCAGAGAGCCCCAGCUUGCAUUUAUCGUGGUCACCAAGAGGAUCGCUGCACGCUUCUUCGGUACCGGUCGUGGAGCGUUCCAGAACCCGCUGCCAGGGACCGUGAUUGACACCAACGUGACAAGGCCCGAGAGGUACGAUUUCUACCUGGUCUCGCAGAGCGUCCGCCAGGGAACUGUAGCCCCGACUCACUUCAACGUAAUCCACGACACGACGACGCUGAAGCCGGAACACAUGCAGAGGCUGUCGUACAAGCUCACUCACCUCUACUUCAACUGGCCUGGGACCAUCAGGGUGCCGGCACCCUGCCAAUAUGCCCACAAGCUGGCCUUCCUGGCUGGUCAGUCACUUCAUGCUGAGCCUCACAAGAACCUCAGCACAACCCUCUUCUACCUCUAGGAGGUUGUUUUUGUUUUGUUUUUUCUACAUCUAGAAAGCAGUGGUGGACAAAGCUUUCUUUCAGAGUUCCAAGUGUUGACGAGCAUCUUUUUUUUUAUAAUGUUGUUUGUGUUGAAAGUUUCUAGUUGGAUUAAAGUUUUCGUUCAGUUCUAUGUGUAACUUUGCUCAUGCUCAUUUUCUGCCUCGGAAGUUAAGCUGUUUGAACAAUACAGCUUUCUCUCUUUUAUGUUUUUUCAUCUUUCUGAAGUGCCUUGAAAGUGACAUGUUUCAUCGAUAGUACUGAGUAGCUUUUCUUUCACAUUGUGUUUAUUUGCUUAACUGCCAUUCUCGUUCCUUAGCUGCUGGAGUAUGUAACAUAAGUCUGUUUCGUGUACGGGCCAGCUUGUCCUUUUUUCAGUGUUGUGUUUUUUUUAAGGCCAACCCCUGCCCUCGCGUUCAUGUCAACUCAACUGGAUGUCGUAUGUUAAUGGGUUGUUGAGGACACCAAGACAGUGGUGGACUGCAAAUGUUUUUUUCCUGAUAUAGUCAACCUAAGUGACUGGUUGUUUUUCUUCCACGUUCGUCAGUGCCUUGGAGUUCUAUAUUUCAUUUCGUCUAAUAAAGUGUUUUGCAUAA